AUGGAAGGAAUCUUCGAUGUGAAAUAUUUGAGUGAAAGACAAGUGAAGGGAUUUGAUAACUACAAAUACAGCUCAAUUGAUACAAGCCCUCUAUCGAACUAUAUAUCACAUCCUUUUUGGGACUGGCUAGUGAAAUUUUACCCACUAUGGCUACCUCCGAAUGUGUUGACAUUAGCUGGAUUUCUUCUCGUUAUGCUGGGUUUCUUUACAAUUUCAUAUUUGGACUAUGAUUUGAGCGUUAACACAUACUACCCUUCACCAGUGGCCAUACCGGGUUGGAUUUGGCUGUUUAUAUCGAUACUAACCUUUUUGGCGCAUACCCUCGAUGGAACCGAUGGUAAACAGGCACGACGAACUGGAUCUUCUGGUCCUACCGGGGAACUUUUUGAUCACGGUCUUGAUUCAUGGUCAACUGUACCGUUCACAAUCACAAUAUUCUCGGUGUUCGGUCAGGGUGAAUUCAGUGUUCCAUUGGUUCGGCUAUUGUACAUUUUGAUCAGUGUUCAAGUGGUCUUCAUUGUGACUCAUUGGGAGAAGUACAACACUGGUAUUUUGUUUUUGUCGUGGGGAUAUGAUGCUAGCCAAUUUGGUCUGGCAGGAUUCUACUUACUCACUUACUAUGUUGAAUAUCAGUCGUUUAAAUUCUACGUUUUCGAUUCUGUGACAUUCGCGCAUUGCUUCGAAGCUGGAUUCUACGUAGUUUGUGCAUUCUCGUUAAUCGUCUCUAUCUACAAUAUAUACGUGUCGUAUUUCGUCGACAAAACUGGUCUCCAGGUAGUCAAACUUUCGAAUGUUUUUUUUUUGAAUUUUGGUUUCCGUUGCAGAAUUUCGCUUUUUGAUUCAAAUGUUCGGAAUGUGUACCAAAAUGUUUUCGAUGAGGUGAUCACCGAUAAAUCCAGUAUUCUGUGA